AUGUCUUCUUCAACUCAUUCGCAUAAAAGGAAGAAUAGUCAUUUAUUUCCGCAAAGGAAAAGUUCCAACUCUUCCAUGGAUAAGCCAUUCUUCCCUAAUAACGAUAAUGUAACUAAUACGGAUUCUCAAAUAAACGAGAAUGAACAUACAAUAGAUGAGAGUAGACCGACUGACGCUACAAUAGAUGUUACCGAUGGUCCUCAAACCCCCUUCCUUCAAGAACAAUACUCAAUGCGCCCCAAACGAGAAAGCUUCCAGUUUAAUGACAUUGAAAAUCAGCGUCCCAUGCAUUCCUUUUUCAGUGUAAACACAUUCAAUCGUCGCUGGACAGAGUGGUCUUUGCCCGAGAAAAGAUCUUACGUUUUAAUCUUUACGUUAAUAGCACUAUUAGUUUUAUUUUUAUUGGUUAUUCUAAUACCCACUAAAUUCCUAUCUACUAAGACUACGCGUAAUGAAACAUCCCCAGGAGAUUCUAGUUUAGGUAAAAGAUCCUUCUCUAUCGAAAACGUUUUGAACGGAGAUUUUGUUAUUCCUGAAGAUACUUUCCACUUUAUCGACCCGCCGCAGCGCUUAUUAGGUCAAGACUCAGAUCCUGGGCUAUUCUUUACUAUAAAAGAAAUCGAUGGACAAACACAUUUUAUUGCGAAACAGUUAUUUGAUGAGACUUUUGAAGUAAACCUCGGUGGUAAUAGGUUUCUGUAUGAAGGAGUAGAAUUUAUCGUGAGUAGUGUCCAAAUUAAUUAUAGUUUGGAUAAACUUAUAUUCGGAACUAACUUAGAUCCCGAGUUUAGACACUCUUCAAAGGGUUUUUAUUGGAUCAAAGACUUGAACACUGGUGCUAUUGAACCAAUAUUACCCCCCGUAAAAUCAGAUGAUAAUUAUGAACUUGGACUAUCAAAACUGUCCUAUGCCCAUUUUUCGCCUUCGUACAAUUACAUAUAUUUUGUCUACGAGAACAAUUUGUUUCUACAACAAGUAAAUUCCAGAUUUGCCAAGAAGGUAACCGAAGAUGGCUCGAAGAAUAUAUUCAAUGCCAAACCAGAUUGGAUAUACGAAGAAGAGGUCCUUGCAUCAGAUCAAGCCAUAUGGUGGGCUCCAGACGAUUCAAAAGCUGUAUUUGCAAGAUUCAAUGACACCAAUGUUGACGAUAUUCGAUUAACCCGUUACACAGACAUGAACAAAGCAUACCUCUCUGACACCCGAAUCAAAUACCCGAAACCAGGAUUUCAAAAUCCAAAGUUCGAUUUAUUCCUCGUUAACUUACAGAACGGUGUAAUUUACUCAAUUAAUACCGGCGGUCAGGAAGAUUCCAUUUUAUAUAAUGGAAAAUGGAUUAGCCCAGAUGCAUUUAGAUUCGAAAUCACCGAUAGAAACUCCAAGAUAUUAGACGCCAAAGUGUAUGAUAUACCGUCAUAUCAGAUGCUUACUGUGAGAAGCACCAAUUCAAACCUGUUUAAUGGAUGGAUUGAAAAGACAAAGGAUAUUUUAAGCAUUCCACCAAAGCCAGAGUCCAAGAGGAUGGAUUAUGGAUACAUUGAUAUUCAUGCAGAUAGUAAAGGGUUCAAUCAUCUCUUUUAUUAUCCAACUAUUUUCGCUAAAGAUUGUAUCCAGUUAACCAAAGGAAACUGGGAAGUUACUGGGAAUGGAAUAGCCGGUUACGAAUAUGAAACAGAUACCGUAUUUUUUACAGCCAAUGAGAUUGGCGUCAUGUCACAACACCUUUAUAGUACUCGUCUUACUAAUUCCGCAACUGAUGAUACAUUUCAGGUUUUGCAAAACCCAUCAGACAAGUAUGAUUUCUAUGAGUUCGAAUUAAGUUCUAGUGCGAGGUAUGCUAUUUCCAAAAAACUGGGGCCUGAUACACCUAAAAAAAUAGUUGGACCGCUCACAAAAGUUUUGAAUAUUGCUGAAAUGCACGAUGAUUCAAUCUUACCACUGACGAGGGAUGAAAGGUUCAAGGAAAAAAUGAAGGGCUACGAUCUACCUAUUACAAGCUAUAAGUCCAUGAUUCUAAACGAUGGCGUUGAAAUAAACUACAUUGAAAUCAAACCGGCAAAUUUGGAUCCUAAAAAAAAAUACCCGAUAUUAGUAAAUAUUUAUGGUGGCCCAGGAUCUCAAACAUUUACGACGAAGUCGUCCCUUGCGUUUGAGCAAGCCGUUGUAUCAGGAUUAGAUGUUAUUGUUCUACAAAUAGAGCCCAGAGGAACCGGGGGCAAAGGUUGGAAUUUUAAAUCAUGGGCUCGCGAGAAAUUAGGAUAUUGGGAACCCAGGGAUAUUACUGAAGUCACAAAAAAAUUUAUACAAAGGAACAGCCCACAUAUAGAUGAAAGUAAAAUCGCUAUUUGGGGUUGGUCAUACGGCGGUUUUACUAGUCUGAAAACCGUGGAAUUAGAUAAUGGCGACACAUUUAAAUACGCGAUGGUUGUUGCGCCAGUAACAAAUUGGACAUUGUAUGAUUCCAUUUACACGGAAAGAUAUAUGAACCAACCAUCAGAGAACAAGGAAGGCUAUUUUGAAGUGUCCACUAUCAAAAACUUCAAAUCAUUCGAAUCCCUAAAGCGGCUCUUCAUUUUGCACGGAACUUCGGACGAUAAUGUUCACAUAGAAAAUACAUUUAGGUUAGUUGAUCAAUUAAAUCUGUUGGGAUUGACGAACUAUGACAUGCAUGUUUUUCCAGAUUCGGAUCAUUCAAUCAGGUACCAUAACGCUCAGAGAAUUGUGUUCCAAAAAUUAUACUACUGGCUAAAAGAUGCCUUUGAUGGACGCUUUGACAAUUCAAAACUUCUGCAUCUCUAA